GGCUUUCCUGACAUCUAUCGUCCAGAAUUUAAACUAAAACGGACAACACAAACGUCAAACUCACAAAUAACAAUCAUGAUGACUCAUGAAUCAAAUAUUUACACUUUUACUCGGAGAAUAGCGUUUGAAAAAGGGGGAAAUUUUGUAGGAAUACAAUAAACUCAAUCCAAACUAUUUUGUUUAUCAAAUUCGGAGUUAUGAGUGUCGUCAAAUUUCGCGGCAAAUUUCGCCACGGCUUGGUGGCUGCAUAGCAACUUUGCUGGGGGUCCGAGAUGAAGUUUCGGUAAUUUGGCCUACGAAUCCACAUGAAAUAUAGAUAAAGUAUAAAAAUAAGCGAUAACCUUUCAUUGAUUAGACAAAUCAAGCGUUUAUUACAUAAAAAUAUCAAAAUGUAUUACUUUUUAACUGUUUGAUAUAUCGAAAUAAAUGAAAAUAUUAAUCAGAAUCUAGCGCAAGGAUAUAUUGUGAAAAUAAAAAGUGAAAAGGCCAAGGAAAAUAUCAAGAUGGCGGACCUAAAUAGCAGUUUGACAACUAUGGAUUGGUUACCUCGACUUAGCGUCGGUGGGGCACUAGCUGGAGCUACAGCUGCUAAACAAGGACCAUCAUCUGAUACCAAAUCAUCCCCUAGUUCUAGUAUAGGAAAAGUUGCAAUUCGUAAUUCACCAAAUUCACCGAUUGAUCCUUCUGCAACUUUGGACACUUCUCUUGAUUCUGCUCAGCAACAACAGAAAGAUGGAAAGCCUCCAUAUUCAUAUGCUAAUCUUAUAACAUUUGCUGUAAAUAGCACGCAUAAGAAGAAAAUGACACUAAGUGAGAUUUAUCAAUGGAUUUGUGACAAUUUCCCAUACUAUAGAGAAGCUGGCAAUGGCUGGAAAAAUUCUAUCAGACACAACUUAUCCCUGAACAAAUGCUUUCUAAAAGUACCAAGAUCAAAAGAUGACCCUGGGAAGGGGUCCUAUUGGGCAAUAGAUGCUAAUCCACCUGAAGACCCUCUGCCUGGAAGAUUUGGAGGAAAGUCACCUAAAAGAAUGCGAACAAAUUCCCAUCCCUACAGUCCGGAACACAGCCUACAAGGAUCAUUGAACAGUCUCUGCUCACCAACACUAAAUCAGCUCCAGGGAACCAGUCCUAACAAUUCUUUAAUAAAGGCAGAGGAUGGUUCUUUUGUGGACAACAAUCCCAACUUUGAAGAUCUCAGUGCAUCAUUUAGAAGUCUUUACAAGUCUGUGUUUGAACAAUCCCAAGGUAACAUUGGGGCCAUAUUGAACAUGAGCCAAGUCAGCAAUCUCAGUAACAACAGCUCCAAUGGUAACUAUAGUCAACACUCAUUUAACAGUGCCAGUAGUGCUGGUAGUGGAGGUUCACAUGAAUUGCCACACAACAACAACAACAACACAGUUCAGGAUAACCCUUUGACAAACUCAUCGUUCGAUUGGCUACAAAAUCUGGACAUUUUGAAAGAGAGUGUUAGAUUGGCAGGCAGCACAAACUUCCAAGACAUUGAUGUAUCACAGUUUGCAGGUUUGAUGGAAAGUAUGAAACAAGCAGAUUUACAGAACUGGUCUUUAAAUCCCAACCAGUUUGCAGAUUUGGCUGCAUCACUGAGUAACUUCUUCAAUCAGACAGGUAUCUUACAGCAGAGUCAGCAGCAGUUCAAUAGCAGCUUAGUCAGCUCUGUAUCAGUUUCAGAUAGUGGCCCAUAUUGCUCACCUUGUGGUGGAACUGGGCAAAGUUUCACAACACUUACUCCACUCCAGCCUCUUGAUUCCUGUGGAUCAAACAAUGGUUACCUUAGCAACAACACUUCCCACACAGGCUCUUUGCUGGGUAGUCCCCCCAAUAUGACACACAGCAAUUCACAGAUUAGCCCCAGGUAUGGUAGUGGCUCAUAUAACAAUCAGCAGCCGACCCCUAACCCUUCACAACCAUUCAGCACCGAUGACAUAGAAGACACGUUCAACUGGGACAACCUGUUAUGAUGUAAGACUCCUCCAUGUUACCAAAAAAUCCAGAUGUACCAUGCUGGAUGACUUGCUACAGGGAGCUACAGUGGAUACUGCCAAACAAUGGGUUGCCAAGUGAACUGUGAAAGAACAAGCCUUAAUCUAUCCCAACAGACUUGAAGGUAAGCAGGCCUACUUUCAAUCUGAAUAGGGACAACAAACAGGUUAUCAGAAGAACAGUACAUCUUCUCUGUGACAUAAAAGCUCCCAAACAUACACUGUACAGAAAUUCUUCAGCAUACAUGAUGUACAGAAUUCUUUAGCAUACAUGAUGUACAGAAAUCCCUCAGUGUACAGAAAUUCCUUGGGGGAUGUGGUACACAGAAAUUCUUCAUCGAUUAUGUACAGAAACUCUUAAUCUAAAUGGUGUACAUAAAGAAAGUCUCCAACAUACAUGGUUCUAUGGUGUAUGAAAGGCCAGUGUUAAUGUUAAUGUUAUACAUUAUACACGAAUACAUAUCACUGGUUCUAGUCAUGUAAAAUGUGAUUCUGCUGAGUAAGUGUGCCAUUUGCCCCUAGCGUCUGGAUAUAGGAUAGGGGCGAUGGAUUGCAGGCAGAAUUCACAGUGUACUGAGGUGGUUGGACAUGGGGCAAAGUGAGGAUGGAGCUGAGCUAAAAUUUGACCACAAAGGACCAGAUAAUUACAUACUGUGUUAUAAUGGAACAAUGAUCUCUGAGUAUAGUAUUAAACAACAUAUCUGGUGUCACAAUACACAAAAUAAAAUUUUAGGGAUAUCUUGUUUCAAUUUCAAAAGUAAUAUUCCCCCCUUCAAGAUAUGGAGGAAUAUUAUUUAUGAAAGAUGCACAGGUUUUCCCCUCAAUGAAAUGAAAUAUUUGUAUACUAUCUUUAAAUUAUUUUGAAUACUCUACCCUGGUAAAUAUAAUAUUGUAUACAACCACAUUGUAAUGUUACUUUUGAUGAAAGAUGAGAAUGAGAUAACAGACUGGAUGGGCUAUAAGUGCAGCCAGGCAGUCAUAUUUUACUUCCUGGAAUUUUCAUAUGAGCUGCGUUUGAUCUUACCGCAGUGAAUCUUGUACAUACCUACCAGAUAUUUUUAGAUUAUGUGCAGUGGCACAGGAAGCCAGAAUUUCACCUCAUACAUAUUGGCACAAUCUUGCUGUUGAGAUCAAGUAUGUCAAAUAACCAAGAAGAGUAAAACCUGUCUAAUCUGAACAUCACUGAAACUGGUCAAAAGUGUAGGGAUUAUUAGGUGUUCACAUAUUGAGGAUUCUUAAUGUGAGAUUGGGACUGAGAAGUGUUCAAGGGUGUUCAGAUUAUUUAGUAUAUACAGGUUUCACUGUAGCUAAACUCUUGGUUUGAAAAAUGAAUGGCUCCUAUACCACUGAUAUGCACACAUUUGUAAAUAGAACACAAUGUACAUAAAAUACUAGAAGAUAGUGAUAUAAACUUAGCUGCAAUAAUACUAUUGUAUAAAUAUAUUAAUAUACAAAACUAUGUAAAUAUGUAAGUAUAAAUGUGGAUUUUGAGACUGCUGUAGAAAAUGUGACUUUCUUAGACUAUAGUAGCUCGUGUUCUUUUCUAAGGUAGAUGACAUUUGUUAAAGGUAUAUUUCUUGUCUUGAUAUGGUUCUAAAAUCAAAAUAAUUUACAAGCCUUACUUAAUCAGAGUACAGGAAAAUGUAUUUGUAUUGUCAAAUAUGCACGUAUCAUUUCCAGUUGGCUGCCAUCUUUUAUCCAAAUUAACAAACUUGGGAAAAGAACUUUAAAGCUUGUUAUAUAAUGUAUUAUUAUAUAAAAAGUGAUUGAUUGUAGCAACCAUAUCAAGACAUCAAUGGGCUUACAAGGAGUGUCCCUUUAAUGGGCUUACAGGGAGUGUCCCUUUAAUGGCCUUACAAGG